CAUGAUUAAAGUUCAAAAUUGGGAUAUUAUGAAAAACCAAGAAGAAGAAGAAUUCAGAAAGCAAUCUCAAAAAUUCAAUCCUGGAAGAAGACAUGAUUAUGAUUUAUGA